AUGGGCGACGUCUACCGGGAGAGCCGGUACCGCGAGUACGAUGAUCGCUUAUCUGACGACGAGCCAUACAAAUCCACGACAGUGCGUCGCUACAAGAUCAAACCCAGUCGUGACGAUCGUUAUGAGCAUCCAGAUGUCGACGACGGACGCUCACGCUACUCGAGAGACACUCGUGGAUGGGACGACAAUCAUGAAUACGAACGAGAGCGUGAACGUCGCCCCGAGCGGCCCAGAUCCGCGUUCGAGCCACACGUCGGAAUGGCCUCCCAGUACGACGAUCGCAGGAGUACCGUGCUCUAUGACCGCGAUGUGCUGGAGCGGGACUAUGAGGCACAGAAAGAGGCUGAUCGAGGCAAGAUCACAGUGUACGAGGGCAAGGGAAGCGAUUUUGACGACAGGCGAACAACCUUCACGCGACGCGACGAUGGUGUGAGGGUCGAGCGACGAGUCGAGGACCGGUAUGACGACCAUGGAUAUGAGAUCGACCAUUACCGCAAGGAAACAGAGUACUACACCCGUCCAUCACCACCGUCGUCGCCCGUCAUUAUCCGUGCCCCGCCGCGGGAGCCGCAGAAGAUCUAUGUCGAAGAGGCUCCUGCACCACCUCCUGUUGUCAUCCCACGCCAGUCGAACCCUGGUGUCAUGGUGGUUAGGGAGAAGGAGCGCGACCGAGAAUUGGCGCGACGAGAGAGGCCCGAAGAAGACUAUUACUAUCGCCAUACACGAUACGAAGUCGGGCCACAUGAUCGGGACCGUGACCGUGAUUGGGGCAUGGCGAAAUACGAUCGUCAUCGCCGUGACCAUGAUUACUCCGGUAGCGAUGAUGAUUACUACGUACAUCGGCGACGGGUGGUCCGGCGCGAACGCAGCGAAAGUCCGGAGAACCACAAGCGCACGCUGGCAGCCGGUGCCUUGGCUGGUGCUGGCAUCACUGCGUUGAUGAACAGCCGUCGCGAUGAGUAUGGCGACGUGCCCGACCACCGCGGGCGCAAGGUCAUUGCGGGAAGCGCUCUGGGAGCACUGGGGACCGAAGCAUUGCGUCGGGCUCACAGUGCGUACGAGGACCGCCACCGUGAUCGCGACGAUUCUCCAGAUGACCACUCUCGGCUCAAAAAGGGCCUCGGCAUAGCCGCCGUGGCCCUGGCCGCGGCUGGUGCUGCCAAGUACUAUCAGUCUAACAAGGUGGACAAAGAGGAGGCUUCUCGAGGACGCAGUCGUGGCCGUCGUCGUUCAGCGGGCGGCCGGAUGUAUUCUCGGUCCCGCUCGAGCAGUUCCAGGAGCCGGGGUCGUAGUCUGUCCACAGCCGCGAAAGCUGCCCUCGGCACUGCGGCGACCGCUGGAAUCGUCAAACACUUCCGUGACAAGUCGAAGAGCAGGUCGCGCAGCCGCAGCAAGUCCAAGAUCCGACGCGCGGCCGAGAUUGGUGGCGCUGCGGCAGCGGCUGGCGUGGCCACAAAGAUGUGGAAGAACCACAAGGACAAGAAAGAGAGAUCGCGCUCAUCAUCGCGGGCGUACAGCGACGACGACCGCGACUACGUGCGCGGACGGGGGCGGUCUGUUGACAGUCGUCUCAGCCGCAGCCGCAGCAGAUCACAGGCUAGCAGAUCCAUUCGCCGUUCCGACACUGGGACUGAUCCCCAACUAGGGCUUGUAGAAUACGGAAACGACCCCCUUGGACCCGAGCGAGGCUACGAGAGCGAAGCAGAGGAGAGAAGGCGGAGGAGGCGGAGGCGUCGCCGCCGGUCCGUAUCAUCGGAUGGGUCAUCGGACAGACACAGAAGCAAGAGCCGACUGAGAGACAUGGCAUCAGCUGGAGCCGCUGCUUUCGGCAUCAAAGAGUACAAGGACCGCAAGGACGCCGAGAAGAGAGAGCAAAGGGAUAGACGAUCUCGGAUCACUCAAGGAGACGCCGAGCUCGUGACGACCCGGAUGGCUUUUUUGACGACCGUCCUGUUCGGGGAGGGUCACCGCCCGUCACGUCAGGGGGAGCAUACUACCCGCCCUACCCACAGACUCCUGGCGCGGCGGGUGGACCAGCGGGAUAUCCACCGUAUCCAGCGGCAGAGCCGUCAACCUACAUCCCCCAAGACUAUACCGGCUAUCCGCCCCCUCCCGCUCCGGGACCGCCCCCAGCAGGAGGCCCUCAUCCUGCGGCGGGAUUCAUGCCGCCAGGUCCGCCAGCCCCGGGGCCACCACCCGGUCCUCCUGGGAGUAACUACCCCCCAGACCAUCUCCAUGACGAUGGAGAGACACAAGAAGGAGCAUGAAGAGCACGAGCAAACUGCCGCCAAGGAUGCCCUUCCCCUGGUCAUUGAUAAUGCGGAGGACGAAAGCGACUCUUCAAAGUCAAUAGAAGAACUACCCGAUCGCUUCCACAGGGAUGGGCAGCCCAUCUCGACGCGGAGCCAGACCAUCCCCCAGGCGCCACUGACGACACGGAGCGGCGAAUUCGAGCGAAGACCGCAGCGGCCGGGGGACUGGGACGUUCGAGGGUCGUGGCAGGUUGGUGGCACUGACCCUGUGGUGGUGGAGCGGAUGGUGCGGAGUUUCACGGAUGCGUUGGAUGGAAAGCGAGGCUGGAUGGGCGUCUUGGGCGAUGUCCUGGAGAGUGGGUUGCUGCCUGGGCCCGAGGGGGCUUUGGCAUCGCUUUCGGGAGACGGAGGAGGACGCGAUAAUCGCGGACGACACAGGAAGAGAUGA